AUGCCGGUCCGAUCAAAUGGUAGUGACACCUUUCUCAUCAUGACGGUAAUUAAACACCCCAGAGCACAGGCUUUUAUGAACAGGUCUGAUGAACACCCACCAAGGACAACACUGUCCUCCCUCAGAGAUGCAGUUGAUGAAUCUGAGCUUCUCACUGUGCCAGAUGGGUGGAAAGAGCCAGCCUUCACAAGAGAAGAUAAUCCCAAAGGGUUGCUGGAAGAAAGUAGUUUUGCAACGUUGUUCCCAAAGUAUAGAGAAUCGUACUUGAAAGAGUGCUGGCCGCUCGUCCAGAAAGCCUUGGGUGAAAACUAUGUGAAUGCAACGCUGGAUCUAAUUGAAGGAAGCAUGACUGUCACUACCACUAAGAAGACUUUUGAUCCGUAUGCAAUCAUCAGGGCUAGAGAUUUAAUAAAACUUCUGGCAAGAAGCGUUCCAUUUGAACAGGCAGUUCGUAUCCUUCAGGAUGACGUUGCAUGUGACAUCAUUAAAAUAGGCUCUCUGGUGAGGAAGAGAGACACUUUUAUAAAAAGAAGAGGGCGACUGCUUGGGCCAAAAGGAUCCACUCUGAAGGCCCUGGAGCUGUUAACGAACUGUUAUAUUAUGGUGCAAGGCAACACUGUUUCGGCUCUUGGACCCUUUAGUGGACUAAAAGAGGUUAGAAAAGUUGUUCUGGACACAAUGAAGAAUAUACAUCCCAUAUAUAACAUUAAGACUUUGAUGAUCAAAAGGGAAUUAGUGAAAGAUCCUGAACUGAGGUCACAAAGUUGGGAAAGAUUUUUGCCUAAGUUCAAGCGGAAGAACUUGAAAAAGCGCAAGGAGCCAAAGAAGAAAAAUACUAAGAAGGAGUACACACCGUUCCCACCUCCGCAGCCAGAAAGCCAGAUUGAUAAAGAAUUGGCAAGUGGUGAAUACUUCUUGAAAGACAGACAGAAGAAACGAAAGCGAGUGGAAGAGAUAAAGGCAAAGCAAGCAGACGCAGUCAAGAAAAGACAAGAAGAAAGAAAUAAAGCUUUCAUCCCACCAAAGGAAAAGCCAGUUGUGAAAACAAAGAAAGCCUCCACUGAGAAAAAAAUUGAUAUUGAAGCCAUCAAGGAAAAGGUAAAGAAUGCAAAGAAGAAGAAAUUAGGAGCACUUCCUGUGGAAGAAGUCAAGUUAAAAAUGGCAGCAGAUGAAAAGAAAAAAAAGAAAAAGAAGUAAUUCACCACCUGAGAUGUUCACCUUUCUUUCGUGUUAGUGAACAUUUUCACGCUUGGAAGAUUUGAGACUUCUUGCUGUCAGUAUAAUCUGGACAAGAGAAGAUGGGUAGAAAGAUAAUUCUCUUUGCAUAAGUACACUUUAAUUAGUGGACCUGAAGUAGCUGUGCAAAAUUACUGAGGUUGGUGA